GCGCUAAACAUUGCCGCAAACCCAAAUGAAGCAAUAUUCAGGUGAUCCAUUAUAUUACCAUGCGUUUAUUACCUCUUUUAAUAAUACUGUGAUGGGAAUUGAGGAUGAUAAAUUGAAACUAAAUUCAUUGCUAUCUUUGUGUUCGGGGAAGGCGUUAGAGUCUAUCCAGUAUUGCGUUUUAAAACCACCUAAUGAAGGCUUUAAAUCUGCUUGCAAGACUCUGAAGGAGAGGUUUGGAAAUACUGCAGUUAUUGUACAGGCUUGGAUAGGUAAAGUCCUGAACCGACCCAGAGUUGAUUCUGCGAAGCUUGGUGAAUUUGCCGAUGACCUAGAAAACUGCUUUGAAGCGUUAUCUGCAUUGGGAUACGUGAACGAGCUUAACAACCAAAGCAGCCUGAAACAGAUUGUGGACAAACUGCCGAGAGUUCUACAAAACCGAUGGCAAGGUGAGAAUUUCAGAUUAAAGGAGAAAGACGUGGUGCCUGCCCUGCAACAUGUCGUAAAGUUUGUGAAGUCUUCGGCGAAAGAAGUCAACGACCCUGUAUUUGGAAGUAUUUCUAACCAUCCUGUUGAAGCCCAACCUAUGAGGCACAAGAGAAAUCAACAAGUACACAGUCUUAACAUUAAUGUUCCUUCACCCAAUGCUCCAAAGGAAAAGUUUCCUAAGUGCUGGAUCUGCAAGUCCGAUGCUCACUGGCCAGAUCAAUGUGAAAAGUUUAUCAACAUGAAGGUUGAGGACCGUUUUGAAAUGACUAAAAAUAAUCAUGCUUGUUUCUCAUGUCUUAAGAUAGCAGGAAGGAACCACCGCUCGAGUAACUGCUCUAGAAAGAAGAUGUGCGGUGAGAAAUUGGGAGACAAGACUUGUGAUCGGUUUCACCACCGACUCCUUUACCUGACAAAAACUGUUGGAGUAAAUAAGCUAAGCAUACCAAGCUGUGAUGAGCCACUUCUGUGUGUACUGGAGGUAGAAGUGAAAGGAAAAUACAGAACCCUGAUGGCGAAUGUGAUGUUAGAUCUUGGUUCACAAGGGACGUUCGUGAGGUCUGAAUUCGCUCAACAACUAGGUGUCAAAGGGAAGAGUGUUGCUGCUUCUAUAACCAAGGUUGGUGGAGCAGAAGAAAGCUUCAAAUCACGGAAUCGAAUAAGAGAUAUUUAUUAAACUUCAUAUCGAAC